UCGACCAGAACCCGCUUUUUACAACACAAAGUUUAGUUAUUUAAGCAACAGCGCACGGUUUAUUUCUCAGACGCGGAGUGAUACUUAAUGUGCAAAUGAUUUCGAUGAACCAGUCAGAUUGCUUGAUAUGUGCUACCAGUUUUAUAAGUUAGCACAACAUUUAGCUUCAGGUAGCUGUAACCCAACCGUUAGCAUCUUUUAACGUUAUUGUUCGAUUUGUGAACGUUGGCUAACUAGCGGUUAGCAUGAUUAGAAACUGCUGCUUUUCGCCUGAAAUGCCGUUUAAAUUCCGGAAGAUAAGGAUUUGACAACUAGCUAGCUAGGUUAACUUGACUUACAUUUGCAGAAGUGUUUAUUGGAGGUGUUUCCUCACCAACUAACGGUAAUGCUAACAGUCAAGGUUAAUUCAGGUUGCCUUAACGGUAACCGACUGGGGAGCUGAAAGCUGGUGUUGUGACUCAUUUACUUCUCUCCGCUUGCCCCCCUGUCAGUCUCCGUGGUGACCAUCGACAGCAGCAGCACUCGUCCCGUUGAGUUGCCCUCGAGCCCGAUUCACAUGACGUCAGACCAGAAUCCACUGUAUCCAGCUGAUCUACAGGUGCCGCUAACGCACGGAGAGCUGGGUCCAGGAUACUACUACUUCUACCAAGCCAGAGAAGAUGGGGUGCUGUUUUAGUAAAGAGCUCAACCCCGGCCAGCAGAGUGAGAGGAGCAGUCUGUUACAGCCCCCGCUCCACGAUGGGCUGAAUGACGUGACAGAGCAGGUCAGGCAACACGCUGCGGCUGUAGCUCAGCAUGUGUGCUUGGACGAAGAGGAAAAGCGUGUGGCAGACGGACCGGCCCAGAGAAAGCCUGCGGAAGAUGAGGAAAGACCACCAGAACUGGGCAACAAAGUUUGGACAGAGGCGGCCGUGGCCGGCGGGGACAGCACCACGCGGAGUGAGAGGGAUCUUAAAGCAGCCAGCACUCACGACAAGAAGGGGGCUAUAAUUAUCACAACCAGCACAAAUAUACAUACAAACACGGAGACUGAGGUAGGCAUGACACAUACUGGCGUGCCCAGCUGUGGCCCGGCCCCGUAUAUGGAGGUGCCCACACGGAGUCCAGCCAAACAGAAGAUUGUGGAGAAUGCCACACUCAGGGCUUUAUGGUUCAAUCAGCUCCCAGACAGGCACCCGUCGAAAAAAUGUUGGUCAUCUCCCGCCAGGUUACCCUCUGCUAACUGCCAGGGCAACGCCACAGGGAGCGAGGUGUCCGAUAACCAGCGGCCGCUGCCACUGGUCAGCGAGUGUCCGGAGACACAGUUGGAUUACCCCAAAGCUGAGCACAACGAGGAGGAAGGUGAGGACGUCUGUGUCGUCGCGACAACGCUGGGUCAAGGCUUCGAAACAAGGACCCGGAGCUUCUACAGCAUCUGUUCCAUCGACGCCGACGACCUUGAACAUGACCACGUCCACAGCCAAUCCCAAACAGCUGGAGCAACACACCCGCUGCACACAGCUGAAGCAGAAACAGCUGCUCUGCCCUGCAUAGUGGAGUCUCUGGCCUCCGGCCAAUCACACACACAGGCAUCCAGAGUCUGUGACCAGGAGUACGUCACAGAAUCUAAAACAACCGGCCAGUCGCGUGAUGAGGAACCAGCUUCGAGUCAUCAGUCUUCCACCAUCCUGUCACAGACACACCCAGAGAAUUCACUCUCAGCAGAGGAGACCUGCUUACCUCAUCCUGUUGUAAAGCAGGUUGACCCUUCGUCUGACCCGCUGCCCCUGUCCAGCAGUCAAAUAAACAGCGAGGAACCUCAGGCCUCCACACCAGACGGGACUCCGUUUAAAGAUCUGGACUGCCAGACCGCUGCUAAGGACACACAUGAAUCCAUGGAUUACAUGUUGAUGACGUCACACGCAAAUGAAAGUGCACGUGUUGAGGAGGAGAAUAAACGUGGGACUUUCAGCUCCAGUUCUUCAAAGCUCAAACCGCUGCACGGGGAUGAGGUUGUCUUUCCUCUGUCUGGAGGACAGUUUGAGAUGGAUAAAUCCUCGCUACAGAGGGAGGCUAUCCCCUUGAGUAUCUGCCGAGGCCAUUGUGAGGAGAGUGAAGUCGGUUACAGCAGCACAGCAGGCACGACUCUCACUGAGGUGUCCUCAGUUCCCACCAUCUCAGCUGUGUCAUCACUGCCCAUUGAACUGACGGCCUUCUCCUGCCGCACACAUCUGACUCCUCUCUCAGACUUUAAAACCACAUCUCACCAGUGUGACUCCAUAAUAUCUGACAAAUUAGAUGUAAAUUCAAACGAUCCAGCAUUUGAAUUGAGCAGCAUUGAGCCUCCUCGUCAAGAUGUUGUAGAGCCACCUGAGUCGGACCAUAGCGAUGACUGUGACAAACAGCGUGACAGUUUUGAUGUGAAAACUGAAGGUGCCGUGGCGUCAGGCGAGCCUCUUCAGGAUGUCCUCAUGAGUGGAGAUGACAGGCAGGCAGUCAAAGAACCAGAACCACAAGUCUGUCAGAACGGCAAACCUGUUGAAAGAGGGGAUGUUAAAGAUGUUUUACCUGAAACGGCUCAAAACUACUCUCACCUAGAUAUAAGUCCGGCUGUAAACGCGAGCAUCACUCUUCAUGGCCCGGAAGAUUUAAGUCUCGGCCCUCUCACACAGCCUCCUCCUGCUGAAAGUGAGCUUUCUGUUACGGCUUCCUUCACUCCACCUCCCUCUUCCUCAUCUCCGUGCACACCUCCUGAGGAAGGUAAGCGUAGUUUCUGUCCAGAGACUGGAGCUAAUUCUACUGAGACGGAAUGCAGACAAAUCCAACUGGAGGAAAAUCCACCAGAGAAAGUAUUCAUUCACGCAUGUGAGGAAGGAGAAGACACAACAGCUGCACAGGGGACUCGGAUUGAUCCCCCAGUCAAGCAUGAAUCUGCAGAUACAGUAGAACAGCCUCAAACAGCCUCUGAAGCCCCGGUAAUAUUAAGCUCCAGUGUUUCCUCUGACUGUGUGGACCCUAACGUCGACAUCGGCCUGCCGAAUGACACUGCUGAAUGUUUACCUCAAGCUGGAGAUUCAUCAAAUGAAAUUCAUUUCGAGGAAAUCGAUGGGAUACAGAUUCACAUGUCACAGGGGGAAAUGUCUGCACUUGACAGUGAUAUUCCUCCAGAAACUCCAAAUAUUUCUGCUACGGGCACACCACCCCAAGGCGUCGAGGUCUGUACCGGCAUCUGUGAUGACUCAUAUGUGAUUCCUAAUGACUUCAGCUGUCCGGAUGACAAAGCCUCGGUUUUGGACUGCCAGGAGGACAUGAUUCCUGUGGACCCAGGACAGAUUGAUGUUUACGCCUCAACGCCGUCAUACGAGAUUCACUUCCUGGGACAUGAACCGCCCGCUACUGCCGAGGAGGGGGAGAGAGAAGGAGGGAUGAGGGAGAUGGUGUCUGAGUUACUGGGAGACGACGCAGACUCCUCCGUCUGUCGCCUCUAUCCCCACCCCUGGAUCAAACUGGGUCUGGAGGAUAGCUGUGGGGCGUGGGCCCAGGGCGCGUCUGAUGCCGAGCCCAGCCAGGGCGAGAGCAAGACGGGCGCCGACGUAGAGCAGAUCCCAGCCCUGGUCUCGGAGCUGCAGCCGUCUAUGGCUCUGCUGGGAGCUUACCCCUACAGCACAGUGAUGCCUCAGGGACGCUGUGUGUGGGACUGGCACACAGAUUGCACUCAGUCUGGAAAGAAAUACUUGGCUGGGCAGUCUGAACAGGAACCUGCUGUUGCUGCCCCAAGCCUUAACCCUAAUGCUGAGGUAUGGACCAAUCACAACUUCAACUUGGACGUCCCUGGCCCCGCCUUCCUGCAGGCUCAUGAGCCAUGGCUGCAAUUCCCCAGCGAUCUGACCAAUCAGGAAGGAUACGAGCCAGAGUUCCAGCUGGAGAACGUGGGCCUGGCUGAGGCUGUGGUUGAAGCAGAUCCCAGCACACCAGAGUACCACACGCUGUCUGCCGAAGCUUCAAUAGUUAAUGGAGAGCCCACUGACCCACCUGUUACAGAUGAGACUAGAGAAGAGCUGAGGACAGUUUUGGAGUCCUGCCUGACCAGGGAGCACCUUGGCAACGACCUGUACCUUAAUUCUCAGAUGGACAGCGACCAGUAUGUUCCCAUCGCAACUCUGGCCAGCCUCGACAAGAUCAAGAGGGUCAGCACGGACCUGGACCUCAUCGCCGACAUUUUGAAAUCCCUGCCGCUGGUCCAGGUGGCUCCUUGUGGACAGAAGGUCCGGCCCAGUCAGAGUCGAUGUGUCGUCAUCCUGCGUGAGAUCCCCAACACCACACCCAAGGAGGAGGUGGAGGCUCUCUUUGACGGGGAGAACAUUCCCAAGUUCCUGAGCUGUGAGUUUGUGAGCAACGAUAACUGGUUUAUCACUUUCAAAUCGGAAACCGACGCACAACAGGCCUACAAGUACCUCAGAGAAGAGGUUCGAGAGUUUAAGGGAAAGCCGAUCAUGGUGAGGAUAAAGGCCAAAACCAUGGCAGUCACUUCCUUCGCUCCAAAAAAUGGCUACCGACCCACUCAGCUGGACCAGUGCGGCAAUCCUUAUUCCUACUUCCCCCCAAGCAGCUACCAGCAGCCCUGCCCCACCCAACAGCUGUAUGAUUUCACCAAUGACAUGUGGGCUUCGGCUGCGGCAGGAUACCAAGAAUGUGCUGACCAUCAAACAUUGAUGAAUGACUUUAUAAAUGGAUUCUCCAGCUUCAAACCUCAUAACCCACACAGGAUGAGGAGAGGCUCAAGGUGGUCAAAUUCUGACCGUUGGCAGUCCAAUCUAAAUGAUUCCUCACAGUCGUCAGAGCAAGCACCAGUGGAGGGCUCCUCUUCUCCGCUGAGGCCGGGUCGAGGACGGUCGCGGGGCAACGUGCGCCGUCCGAGCAGAGGUGUAAGGAGCGAGCCCACUUCUGAUCGUGGAAGGAGAGGAAACUUCAGCCAGAGGAGGAGAGAGAACCCGAGGUCAUGGGACAAAUCUGCCGGGAGCAGUCGUAAUGCACAGAGUCAGUCGCCUCCUCGUCAACCGUCUCCUCCUCCUGAGCUCGGCCUGACGAGCUUCCCUCCUCUUCCUCCGGCAAAGACUGCCAUGGCAACGGUACAGGCAGCUAACGGCAACGUCAAGAUUCCAGUCAAAAUCAGCAGCCUGUGUGCAUCGGUGCCAGCAAAGUCUCAAGAGCCUCAACCAAUCUCAGAGCAGAAUGUGACGGAGCGUGCCGAGACGACCAGCGAGGCCAACCCAGCUCAGCUUACACAGGAACCAGUCACAGAGUCCAAGAGGCCAAGCUACGCCCAGAUCUGCCAGAGAGUGUCGUCCAAUGAGCCGGCGCCGCCCGCCGACCUCGCUCCUUCAGAGGCAGCGCAUAUCCCGACGUUUCCGGGCCAGGCAUCCAAACCAGAUGUGUUGCCACAGUAAUCAUAUUGAUGUCACAUGAGCUGAAAUCAUUGUACUGUCUUAUUACGCAAACCUGCCGCACGUUUUCUGUGAGUAAUAAUCCGCGUGUACAGAGUGAUGUGGCAUUAACCACCAAACAGCCUUUAAAUCAACUCCAUUUAGGUCUGGAUCUAGAAACUUUAGCCUUGAUCUACACAGCUGACCAUGUGCGGGUGGGGUGGGGGGGGUGUCAGACUGCUGGCUGGUUCAGGACAGGACGAGCUCGUGUGGGUCUGAGGUCGCCAGCCACUCAGGAUGUUUAUGCCAACUUUUAGUUUUUAGAGCGGAAGCUGAAAAGAAUCUGUAAAUGUUGAUCUGCAACUUUAACGUUUUUUUAGUUUUAUUUCUUGGUUUGUAGUUCAGAUGAGUUUAUUGAGAGCCAGGUUUUGAUUUAGUCUUGUUUUGCUGAUGGCUCUUCUUUUCCUGCCGUUUGUGUGUGUUUGAUGUUUUCUCGCUGUACAGGAUGUUCCGCCAUGACUUUAUUAUUUUUUUUUUGUUUAUUUUUAUUUUACUUUUUUUCAUACAUCUGUGAUAUUCUUUAGUCUACAGGGCCGCUGUGGGCACACAUGAUGCUGUUUCAUUAAAUGUUAUAGUCACCAAGUUUGUUUCCAUUUGCAGACGUUGGUGAGAUGUCCAGGCUUGUAAUGAACCAAGUUCCAGUGUGUAUUAGUGAGUUCUGGUAGGAUCAGACCUGUAUUGAUUUGAUCUUGGAAUCAAAUUGAACUUCAAAAGCACUGAAUAUCGCUACUUUAUCUCUGCACGACUUUUUAAUUUCAUUUUAGAAUUUAAUUUAUGUCCUAAUUUUUAUUUACGUUGGAUAUGAGUGCUUUUGUGUGUUUAAAGCUUUAGUCUCACCUGUGUGGAGUUCAGGUGUACCCCCGUGUCACAGCGUCCAGUGUUUUGGACACAGCUAGGCUCGGUUCAGGUCGUCCCAUGGAGCUUCUGGCUGGGUGUAGUAGUUACUCGGUGUCCGUAAACGAGCAUCGUUUCAGCACGAGCAUCUUGAACUGCACUGAUUCCAAUGGUCUUUUGUUUAAAAUAUACUAUUUUAAAUGUGAAACAGUUGUCCUGGAGAAAGAGCAGGCGUAGUUGUGGCACAUGUUACUUUGUCUGUACAGAUGUACAUAUUAUUGAACAAAUAUUAAAGUGCCUUUCAAGUUAAAA